AUGAGUGCAGAAUCUUCAUAAUAUGGCACUUCAAAUGUUAAGAAAAAAAAGAUUUUAAAUGAUGUUAUUAAUGAGCCAGCGAAUUCGAAUUCUGAAGAGUCAGAAGAAUCUUUUGAUUAAAAUAAUGAUUAUGUCGUUGAGUAUGAUGAUAAAUAAUUUUAAGGUCAAGGUUUUGGCAACAAGAAUAUAAGAAAUUUAUAAGGGUUAGGAAAUUAAAAGAUUAUUUUUAAUAGCUUGUAAGAUGAGCAUCAUUCAAACAUAAAACCUGGUAUUUAGCAAAUAAAUUAUGGUUAAAUAGAAUAAAGUAAUAAAAUUAGAAAUUAUAGUAUUGGUGUUACUAAUAGCUCUUAAAAUAAACAUUAUACAUCAUUUCAAAACAAUAAAAUAAGCCCAUAAUUAGUCAGCUAGUAGAAUUAAUUGAGAGCGCCUGUAGCAGACUUGUUAGGAGGCAGUGCAGAUAGAAAGCAAAGAAAAUUUUCAGAAAAUAUUUUACCAUUAUAAGAUAAUAUGUAUGACCAGUAAUAUAAUUAAAUGGAUAGCUAGUUUAUAGAGUGCAUAUAUAACUAGCAAAGAUAAAGAUUUUAAGUUAAGGAAACGAGUGAGAUAAAAGAAGGACGAGACACUAUUGGUAAAAAAACAAUAAAUGAAUACAGAUUUAUCAAAAAGUUGGGACAAGGCACUUUUGCAAAAGUUAAAUUAGCUAUUUCUUCAACGACUCAAAAGCAGUACGCCAUUAAAAUAUUUUAUAGAUCAUAAUUGUUGAAAAAGACUUACACAGUAAUUAACAGCGAGGGUAAACAAGUAAUAAAGAAUGCAUUCUAGAAUUUAAUGAGAGAAAUUUCGAUUAUGAAGUUAAUCUGGCAUCCUAAUGCAAUUAAACUUUAUGAAAUUAUUCAAAACAGAUAGAAUGAUAAGAUAUAUUUAGUGAUGGAAUAUGCAUCCUAAGGAUAACUCAUGGACUGGGAUUCUAAAAUGAAUAUAUUUACACGUAAUAAUUACCUGUUUGCUACUAAUUUAACAUCUCCUAGGUCUGAGUUUUCAUUACUAAAUUCUUAAUAAUCAAACCAUCAAACAUAUUUACAAAGCCCCUCGCUCAUUAGUAUUCCUUAGCAACAAAGCAUUUCUUAAUAUCAAAAGGCAUGCUUAGAUAUUAAGAGUAAUAUUGAUGAAGAAGAUUCUGUAGAUGAAGAAUAAAUUAGAAUGAUAUUUAGGUAAUGCGUAAAAGGUUUGUCUUAUCUUCACUCAAAUAAUAUAAUUCAUAGGGAUAUUAAACCUUAAAACAUACUGAUAUCUAAGUGUGGAAUGGUGAAACUCAGUGAUUUUGGUAUUUCUACUAUUGUAGGAGAUGAAGAAGAGAAUUUAUAAAAUUAAGAUGGUACAUAUCAUUUCUAACCUCCUGAGUUUUUUGCAAAAGAGGUUAAGACUCAAAAUAACUCUAAUUAUUCUUUUCUCCCUGGAACAUUUAAUCCUCUGAGAAAAAGUAAAAAUGGAAAGGAGCAAGCAUAAAAAAUAGCUUAUCGGAUAGAAAGAAUUUGUAGGCUUAAAUAAGCUGAUGUUUGGGCAUUAGGUGUAACCCUAUACGCUUUAGUUUAUAAGAGGUUGCCUUUUUAUCACAAUAACUUAUAACAACUAUUUCACCUUAUAGAAAAGGGGAAUCUUGUUUUUCCAAGUAAACCAAAAAUAUCACCAGGACUUUAAAACCUAAUUCAAGGAAUGCUUGAAAAGGAUUUUGAGAAGCGACUAACACUUGAGGAUAUCUAAAAGAAUUUUUGGGUAAAUUAGAAUGAAACGGACUUACAAACAGAAAUAAAAUAAAGUUAGCGUAGGUAAUAAGCUAGCUAAUUUUAGCUUUCAAAUUCAUAAAAAUAGUCACCACAAUUGAUGUCUAGUUUAGCUUCCCUUAGUACAUAGAAUUCAAACAAUUUAUAGCUCUCAAACAAAAUUAAAUUUACAUUAAAAAAAAUCAAAGCUAUCUGCACUUGUAAAGCUUUGUUUGUGCGUUUUAGACAUUUACAUAGUAUUAGCUCUCCGAUAAUAAAGUCUGAUUUAAAAAAUAUAUCUCCAAAUAAAAUAAAAAAAUUUAAGUAAGCAUUACUAACAGACGAGAAAGGAGAAAAUCAGUCAGCUCUCUCAACUAAUUGCUAUCCUCCUUCUAUUUCUCUUCUAGAUUAAGCUAAUUUGUAAUAAAAUUAGAAAAAUAGUUAGCUUAUGAGAUAAGAUGAGCAAAAAUAACAAAAUGGAACAAGGAACAAAGAAUACACAAACAACAAAAGUCAAAAUUCAAUAAUUUCUUAAUCAAAUAAUAGUAAUUAGCAUAAUAAUAAUGGAUAAAACUCACAAAAUGUAUACAAUUUUAGAAAAAAAGAAUUAGCUUAAAACAUGCAAAUUUAGACAAAUCAACAAAUAUCAUUUAAAUAAAAGAAUGAAUAGAAUUAAGAAUAUUUUUUAAACGAUGAUGAAAAUAAAUCUAAUAAUGAAAAUGGUAAUACAUAUCCUUCAAAAAUAUUACAGUUUUAAUCGAAGGCUAGUUUAAAUGAUGAUUCUUUACUUGAAGAAAGUGAUGUUAUCAACACCCUACCUUCAUUCAAUCAAAAAUAAGUUAAACUUAUCACUCAAAUAGACUUUGAAAACUCUUUAGAAAAGAAUUGUUAAUCCCCAUUAAUCCUUGAAGAACUUCGUUUUAAACACUAUCCUAAAUCUGAAAUAGUUAGUUAUUAAAAAAAAAUGUUAAUCAAUUAAGAUGUUCAUCCCUUUUCAGAAGAAAAUCUACAAUCAAUUGAUAAUGACACUCAAGUAAAUAAUUCUCUGUACGAAGCUUCAGAAAAAAUUAAAGUCCCACACUUCAACACAUCUACACUUAUCGAAAAAUCUGAUUGA